UGUUCUCGUGAUGCGGUUUCGUGUGAGCGGGAAGACAAAGGGGAGGGGAGGAGGGGAGACGGGCUAGACGGGCCUGCAGCGUCAAGUUCAGGAAGGGCCGCCGCCGCCGGGCCGGUUUCCAUAGGAAUGCGCUCCUGGCCCAGGCCCUGGGAGCUGGCUGGGUGCUGUGACUUCUUCCUGUUUCAAACGGACCCGCCCAGGCAAAAGGGUCUUGGCGGACAGAUUGCCAGCUCUGGCGAUUCCCAGGCCAGCUCCUCCCUGUCCCGCCCUGCCUCCACCUCAGCCUUCGAAAGGGGAUCAGGGGUGGGCUUGUUUAUUUGCAGUGUCUUGCUCGGGCCCCGGAACCAUAUAGCAAUCUUAAAGGUAAAUAGCUGUGUGAAGAGUGAUGAGCAUGUCCUGGAGGAGCUGGAAACAGAAGGGGAGAGGCAGCUGAAAAGCCUCCUUCAGCAUCAACUUGAUACCUCUGUCUCCAUUGAAGAAUGUAUGUCUAAGAAAGAGAGCUUUGCUCCUGGUACUAUGUACAAGCCCUUUGGGAAGGAAGCAGCUGGGACUAUGACAUUGUCCCAAUUCCAGACACUGCAUGAGAAGGACCAGGAAACUGCUUCACUCAGGGAACUAGGGCUUAAUGAAACAGAAAUCUUGAUAUGGAAGAACCAUGUUUCAGGUGAAAAGAAGACAAAACUGAGGGCAACUCCUGAAGCAAUACAGAACCGUCUUCAAGAUAUUGAAGAAAGGAUCUCAGAACGUCAGCGCAUCCUUUGCCUGCCCCAGAGAUUUGCAAAGAGCAAACAACUGACUCGACGAGAAAUGGAAAUAGAAAACUCUUUAUUUCAGGGAGCCGAUCGUCACUCUUUUCUCAAGGCACUUUAUUACCAAGCAUACCACAAAAAGACAAGUGCAGACAAGUACAUGACCUCAAUGAAGAGGAAGAUAAAAUUAGGCACAAAAGAUGAAACCCAAAAGAAGAACAAAGGUGAUCCCAUGAACAACCUGGAAAGUUUUUACCAAGAGAUGAUAAUGAAAAAACGUCUUGAAGAGUUCCAACUUAUGAGAGGUGAACCCUUUGCUUCCCACUCACUGGUCUCAGCUACAUCAGUGGGUGAUAGUGGCACAGCUGAGAACCCGCCAUUACUCCAGGACGAGGGAAAGCAGGCAGCACAGGGUAAAGGUCCCAGUCUCCAUGUGGCAAAAGUUAUUGAUUAUUCACCUGAGCAGUGUUGGACUGGGCCUAAGAAGCUGACGCAGCCAGUAGAAUUUGUCCCAGAAGAUGAGAUCCAGAGAAAUCGUUUGUCAGAGGAAGAGAUCCGAAAAAUUCCUAUGUUUUCUUCAUAUAAUCCAGGGGAGCCAAACAAGGUGUUAUACCUGAAGAACCUUAGCCCGCAGGUGACUGAAAAAGAUCUGGUCUCAUUGUUCGCUCGAUUCCAGGAGAAAAAAGGACCUCCAGUUGAAUUCCGACUAAUGACUGGACGAAUGAGGGGGCAGGCUUUCAUCACCUUUUCCAAUAAGGAGAUAGCAUGCCAAGCAUUGCAUCUAGUAAAUGGAUACAAACUACGUGGGAAAAUAUUGGUGAUAGAGUUUGGAAAGAAGAAAAACCAACAAUCAGAUCUCCAAGCUGCUUCUCUCAUACCAUGUGCUACAGAUGGUACUACAGAAAUCAGUGGUAGCUAGAAUAUAUAUAGAUUGUGGGUCCUAGAUGGUCUUUCUUGAAUCCGAAUCUUGGAUCAAGGAUUUGUGUACAGAUAGCAAUUUAUUUGGAGUUGAAGAGGAGAAACUAACUGAGAGAGAAAAAAGUAAUUGAGACAGUCCCUUUCAGCUUUUGGAGAGAAUUGGUAGAAAACAAUUUCUAUAAUCAAAAACUAUGGCACAGAUAAUAUACUAAGUAUGAAGUGUAAUAUACAAAAAGUAUUGUUUUCUCAGGAUAAAAUUACAAAAAAUUAUUACUGGAGAUUUUUCAAAAUCCUUAUAAUUUUGCUAGGGUCUUCAAUAUUUGUCCCUAGAGGUAGCAAUCUUUCCAAGACUGCCUCCUAUAUACAGACCUAAAAAACUAAAUAAAUGUUGAAAUAUUUAUUCACUAGAGCCCACUUGUCCCUAAUUUUAUCCACCAAAUAAAUAAAAAAUCAGGACCCCAGGCUUAAGCAUCAACAAAUGCUGUUAAGUCAGAAUUAUCAGCAGUAACACCAGGUAGUUUCAUAAGUCAGUCAACAUAUUUAAUGAAUGCUUUCCCACUAAGUUAUCAGAACCUUCAAAAAGCUAUAUAUUUUUCUAAUGAAAUAUUUUAGAUCAAAAUAUUGAUAUUCUCAUGACCAUUUAAGCUAGCUACCAUUGAGUAGUCAUUGAGUUCAAAGCAAUAAACAUUGAAUAAGUGUUUAAUAUAUGUUAAAUACUACAUAUAGGAAUUUUACAAGAGGAACAUACUAGCAAAGAAUAUCAAAAAGAAGUGGAAGAAAAAGUUCUCUAGAAGAGAGGAAGCCAGUGUCAAAUUCCCCAGUUGUUUGUUUAUGGUUACUGGAAAAUAAAAAGACAACAUAGUAUAGAGAAAAUGAUACAAACUUUGGAGCGAGACCUAUAUUUGAACCUCAUAGCCACAUUUAGUACUCCAUGACCUUGGCAGGUCACUUAAUCUUAGCCUCAGUUUUCUCAUCUAUAAAGUGAGAAUAAUCUACUUACCUCAUUGGGUUGUGAGGAUUAACUGAUACGAUAUUAUCCAGGCUGAGGAACAGAAAAAUUAAAUAAUAAAGUCAAGCAGAAUAUAGGACCUCUGAGACACCAUUGAGCACUCUAACAUAUGUGUAACAGGAGUUCCAGAAAGAGAAGAGAAAAGAAAGGAGCAGAAAAAUAGUCCUAGAAAUAAUGGCCAUAAACACCCCAAAUUUGGUGAGAAACAUUAACGUACAUAUCCCAGAAGCGCAGCAAAUCCCAGGUAGUAUAAACAAAAAGAAAUCCAUAAAUACACAUAUCAUAAGAAAAAUGCCAAAUAAAAAUGAACUAUCACUUUUCAGGGAACCCCAAUAUGAUUUACAGCUGUUUUCUCUUCAGAAACAAUGGUGGUGGCAAUAGGAUAAUAUAUUAAAA